CUUCUCUUGGUAUAAAUAAUCAAUGCCCACCACCACUUCAUUCCAACUCAUCAUUCAAAUUGUUCCUUUUUUUGUCUUGCCCGUAACAUAUAAUUGGUUUUCAAAAGUCUCCGGUUAAUUUGUUUGUCACCGAUCUUAACAAAUGAUGAAGAUCAUCGCAGUGUUGCUGCUUCUGGUGUUAACCACCACUGUCACUGCUGAUCCCGAUAAUCUUCAAGACCUCUGUGUUGCAGACCUUGCUUCUGCGAUUCUAGUGAAUGGAUUCACAUGCAAACCAGCUUCGAAUGUAACCGCAGCUGAUUUCUCCACCAACGUACUAGCCAAACCAGGAGCCACAAACAACACAUUUGGUUCCUUAGUAACCUUAGCCAAUGUUCAGAAAAUCCCAGGACUCAACACACUUGGUGUGUCAUUGGCACGUAUUGACUAUGCUGUAGGUGGACUGAACCCACCUCACACUCACCCACGUGCAACUGAGAUUGUUUAUGUUCUUGAAGGUCAAUUAGAUGUUGGGUUCAUAACAACAGCUAAUGUUUUGAUAUCAAAGACUAUUGUUAAGGGUGAAACAUUUGUGUUUCCUAAAGGAUUGGUUCAUUUCCAAAAGAACAGUGGUUAUGUACCUGCUGCAGUGAUUGCAGGAUUCAAUAGUCAAUUGCAAGGAACAGUGAAUAUUCCUCUUACUUUGUUUGCUUCUACACCACCUGUUCCAGAUAAUAUUUUGACUCAAGCAUUCCAAAUUGGUACCAAGGAAGUUCAGAAAAUCAAGUCUAGGCUUGCACCCAAGUAGUGAGAUCAUGAUCAUGUGUUUCUUAUUUUGUUUGUGGUUUUAAUUUUAUUUAACUUUGUUGAUUUACAAUUCAUGUUUGGAACUCAUAAAACAAUUGGGGCAUGUUCAAUAUUCAUUUUCCUUUGGAUGAUUGAAAUUUGUAAGAUCCCUAAUGCGUGCUUCUUAUUUUGGUAAUCAAAUUCAAAUGUGCUUGUUAUUUUUGCAAUUAUGUGGAGCAAGCAAUCACAUUGUAGAUCUUGUUUGGAUAAACAGUUUAAAUAAACGUGUAUGGCAUAAUUUUUUUUAUA